AUGGAACCUGACAGAAUAACUGAAUUAUUCUUCCAAUGAAUAGAAGCUAGCUCCCCUCUUGGUUAGUAAUAGCGAAAUUUUCGCCUUCAAGCAGAGUCGGCUAAUUUUUUAACAUGAUAAGAAUAUAAUAAAUUAACUGUUACCACUCCCAAGGGCGUUAUCUUACUUUCUUUUAAUAAAAGCUAAUUUAUAAAUCCUUUUUUUGUAUUUCCCACUUCUAUCUUAAAAUUAAUUUUUAAUAUAAAAACCAAAUUUUUGAUCUUAAAAAACCCUAAAUUUUAUAGAUAUUUGAAUCAAAAAAUCUAAAAAUAUUUUAUGUUUAUGCUAAAAUUCAAAUUUCAUCGUAAAUUUCAUUAAUUAUUAUUUGUAUAUUAAUAUUUUAGACUACUAACGUUAAUAAUCCAAAAAUUAGAACUUCUUUAAUGAUUAUGAUCACUAAUCAGCCAGUAGUAAGGAAGGAGACUUGAAGUUCAAUGUUAUGUUUGAAUCUCAAGAAGGUUCAAUGCUUACCUUCCGAUUUGACGACCAUUUGAUCAAACUCAACUUCAAUACCUUUGCAUUAGAAUGCAGAGCUACCAAUAAACCUCUACGAAGCUAUGUUGAAUGGGCACAAGACACUCUAAUAGAGAAACAACAAAGUUUCACAUCAGGAGAAAUUGAAUUUGGUGAUUUACUGACAGAAUUAGCAGAAGAAUAUCAAAGAAAGUUUUACCCUGAUGAAGAAGAAGAAUUCUCAGACGGAGACAGUGAUGAAUAUGCUCAAGAAAACAUGGACAUCGCCAGGCCAAGCCAAAAAGAAGAAACCAAGGCUAUCGAAGAAGAAGUUAAAGUAGAUCCAGCUUUAGAAGAAAAAUUAAACAAAUUAGAGCAAGCAUUUUCUGGUCAAGGCUCUGCAACUGCAAAUAAAAGGAUUUUGCAAGAAUACAAGUAUUUGACAAAUUCAAAAGAAUGCAAAGGCUUGACUGUUGAUUUUGAAGGGGGAUCAAAUAUGUACGUGUGGAUUGUUAGACUUGAUGUCAAGAUUUUUGAAGUUGAUAAAGAGCUUAAAAAAGAUUUCGAAAAAUAUGCUUCAAAGUAUAACCAGAACCAAGAAAUUGUGUUUGAGCUGAGGUUUGACUCACAUUUCCCAUUUAAUCCACCCUUUUUAAGAGUAGUUAGGCCUAGGUUCCAAUUCAGAACUGGGCAUGUUACAAUUGGAGGAUCAAUAUGUAUGGAAUCAUUAACCCCGUCAGGCUGGAUUCCUGUAAGAACAGUUGAAAGCAUAUUUGUUGAAAUUCUUUUCAAUAUGACUGAAGGAGGCGCAAGAUUAGAUCCGGUCUCUGCAAAUGUUGAAUAUUCGUUAGCAGAGGCCCAAGAAGCAUUCACUAGAGUUGCGCAGCAGCAUAGAUGGAUUUAA